AUGGCCCGAAACGGGCACGCCUACCCGCCUCAGACAAGAGGUAUCCUCGUAAAAGAGCCUACGUGUGGGUUCUGUGCAUCGUUAGGCAUUCACUGUUCUUACGAUAACGCUGAGAAGGAUCAUUCGCAAUUCGAUCCAGCUAGUUUGGAAAUCCUUCGGCACUUGGGCCAGAUCAUCAGUACCCAAAAUGAACUCACACACACAGUUCGUUCAAUCGCUGCAUCCCAACAUCAUGUAGCAUUGGGGCCAGGUGCAUCUCAAGAUCAACUACACUUCAAUGGUAGUCUGGACUUGGAUCCAACAGUACAACCGGAACAUCAACUUCAUCCGACAGACUGGUUCGCAGGACAGUCAGAUUCCACUUCAACAACGCCAGCCUCAUCCGCAAGUGCAGCUGCAGUUCAAUGGUUCGGAAUUCUUGCCAAUGACGCCCCAAACGAAGACAUUCUGGAACCAGAUGCGCUCCAGGGCGAUCUUCUUGACACGUCUCCAGAUGGUCAAGCCGAAAGCGACAUCACUCCAUUACAGAGAGCGACAAGGGCCAUUGACAAACAACCAGAUAUACCCAACAGACGAAACAGUCGCCCGUCGAAUAUUUCUGAGGAGAGCCUAUGGCAGGCUUCUGAGUGUAUCUCACUACUCGAUCGAGAGCAAGACCUGUUUCGGAACUUUCUGCAUAGAAUAUGUUCAUGGCUCGACUUGUUUGAUCCAGCCAGGACCUUCUCCACAAGAGUUCCACAUCUCGCUGUCCGAAAUGCCGGUCUUCUCAACGCCAUUCUUGCGUUAUCGAGCUACCACCAGUCUCUCGAUGAAAGUAUUCCACCCAAUCAGCGUCCUGGCCAAAAUAUCGCCCUGCAGUAUUACUACCAAACGUUACACUAUAUUCAAAAGGCCAUGCGGUACUCAACGUAUCAGAACAGCCAAGAACUAAUGGCCACGACGCUCAUAGUAUCAACGUAUGAAAUGCUACGCGGAUCGCGACAGGACUGGCAACAGCACCUCCAGGGCGUCUUUAGAAUACUAAGAUCUAGACAGAUUGAAGUGGAAACAUCGAGUCUUGAAAGCACGACGUGGUGGGCGUGGCUACGACAGGAUAUAUGGGUUGCCUUUCGCGAGAAGAGGAGAACGUAUAGUACGUGGAUGCCCAAGAAAGGAUAUGCAGAACUAGACGAUCAUGAACUUGCUUCAAGAGCUAUCUGGAUCAUGGCACAGGUCGUUAAUUUUUGUGCUGUUGACUCAUCGUUUGAGAUGGAAGGUGGCCUGGUAGGGAGGAUAGGUUGGGCAAAAGCGUUGAAGAACAUGUUGACUGAAUGGCAGUCUCAUUUGACAGUUGGGUUCUCUCCAUUACCUACCAUGAGCCAGUAUGGGAUCGAAGUCUUUAAACCGUAUCUCAUACAUCCGCAAUGUUUUGGACUUGCGGUGCAGCUUCACCAUUGCUCCCGAAUCCUCAUUGCCGCUCACGAGCCACAUCUUGACGGUAUACAAGGUCUACUAAAACGCCAAAAGGAUAUACAACAAAGUAUCAAUAUGGUCUGUGGAAUUGGUAUGACUCUCACCGAAGACGCGUCGAGCAUGUUGUCCUCACAAUGUCUCUUCAUUGCCGGUAUGUUUAUGCAAGACCCUCGCCAGAAAGACGCCGUCCUGGAAAUGUUGGAUUCGUGUCAGAAGAGAUGCGGAUGGCCCACGCCUUCACUCAGAUCAGAGCUAGAACAGAUUUGGGAUAAUCCUAAUGCUCUUUGGGGUAGUCAAACUUGA